UACUUUUUUUGCUGACUAAACAUUUUUUGAUUUUGCAAUAAAUGAGUGAUAAUUAUAGCGGUAUUUGCGGUGAAAAUUGUUGGAUCAGAUGAUGUCUAUAGGGUUUAUCGGCGCCGGGAAGAUCGCCCAGGCAUUAAUGAAGGGCUUAGUGACAGCCGGUAUAUGUAAAGCCGACAGAAUACUAGCGAGUGCUCCGAAAGCAGACUUCAAGUGUCAUCAGGACUCACAGUCGUUGGGCUGCAGAACCACUUAUCAUAACAACGAUGUGAUUAACAACUCGGAGAUUGUGAUCCUCGCUGUGAAGCCCCACGCAUUGGGAGCGAGCAGUCGAGUGGUGAGAGUGAUGUCAAACACACCGGUGCUUAUAAGGGAAGGCGCGUCCGUCUACUCGUGCGGUACGAACGUCACGAAAGCCGACUCACAAACCGUACGAAAACUAUUCACAAGUGUUGGUAUGUGUGAGGAAAUGCCAGAAUCGCUCAUCGAUGCGGUCACUGCACUCAGCGGUUCGGGACCCGCAUAUAUGUACACCUGUAUGGAAGCUCUGGCCGAUGCCGGUGUACUACAGGGCAUACCCAGAGACCUAUCGCUCAAACUGGUCGCACAAACGCUCAUUGGAUCUGCGCGAAUGGUUUUGGAGACCAACAAACAUCCGGCGUCUCUAAAGGACGACGUGUGUUCACCGGCCGGCUGUACAAUUCACGCCAUGUAUCACUUGGAAAAGCACGGCUUACGGGCGCUGUUGAUGGAAGCGGUGGCCGCAGCCACUGAUGUCGCCAAAUGGAAGUCCAAGAAUGAUAAGCCAAUUGUGGCCUGAAGUGCACGUAUAGUCUCUCCCAUUUGGCAAACAGUAGUCAACAUCUAAUUUCUCUAUUUAUCCAAUUCUCUGAAAAACUUAUGCUUCAAUUGACUUAAUAUUUGGUUGUGAUAUCGAGUCUUCGAUACAAAUUUUGCAAAACAUACACUAAAUGUUUGGCAAAUAUUUGAAAUUAAACAGUAUAUCUC